CAAGCCAAGCCAUGUUUCAAAUAGAUGAUAUGAAGUUUCACAUCUUGGAAGUAGCAGUGCUAGAGCAAGGAGAAAUUCCUUAAAAACUCAUGAAAUGUACCUAGAGAUGUGGGGAGAUGACACCCUUUUAACUUUGAAAUUAUGUGUUAAAUAAUUCAUCUAAGGAUUAGUGUGGACCCAAACAUCUACAUUCCCGAUUAUUGAUUAAAGGUGCGCCAUAACUAAUCUACAUUGUAGAUGUUCGGGCCAACAGCUUUAAACGAAAUCAAGUUCUCAUGAUCAUGAUCGGGGCCUCACUAUUAUUAUUGGAAAGUAUGUCUUUUUUGUAAUAAAGUCAUAAUCAUCUCAAGCCAUUAAAUGUAAAAUUGAGCUUUCAGAUAUGUAAUUUGAUUGUAUUAAAAAAUCUAAAUAAGAAUUUUUGAGAUACAAAGUAGAGCAAUGACACCAUUUCACAUCUCACAACUUUGGGUGCUGUUAUUUUCUCCGCAAAAUUAAUGAUCUCAUUGUGAACAAUCCUAAGUUUAUUAGCUUGGUUUAUAAGGAAGUCCAUGACAAUACAAUUUGCGACACAAUGAUCAUCACCGUUCAUUGUGGCGGACAUUGGAAAGGAGAUAGUGGGCCACACAUUCCCACAUUUCAUCACCGUCCAUCCAUUGAUCGGAUGGUGAUAACACUCUUGACAAUGGAUUUCUUUCUGGCAUAUGGAUCAUAGUAUGCAUUCUAGCUGAAGAGAAGUCUUACGAAAACUUCUUAAGGAGCUUUCCAUCAUUAUAAAUUUAAUCGGGGCAUAUUUCGUGACAAUCCCAUGUUUAGAGAUAACAGAGGAAAGGGGUUUCAGGCUAUAGUGAGGAAAACUUUGGCGCGAGAAAGCAAAAACAAGGGAAAAAAUGGCGAGCAAAUCAGGAACUAUUUCCACAUAUUCUCCGUUGUUUUCUCGGAAAAACCCUAAUUUUACAAAUGGGGUUCGCUCAGAUGGCCGCCAUUUCCAUGAGUGCAGGCUAGCCUUUUUGAGAACUGGGGCUGUGAAUGCUGCUUCGGGAUCUGCAUAUGCAGAAUUUGGGAACACCAAAGUAAUUGUGUCUGUUUUUGGUCCCAGAGAAAGUAAGAAAGCAAUGAUGUAUAGUGAUACUGGUCGGUUAAAUUGUAGUGUGAGCUUCACAACUUUUUCCACACCCAUUCGCGGGCAGGGAUCAGAACACAAAGAGUUCUCCUCAAUGCUACAUAAAGCUUUGGAAGGUGCCAUAAUGCUGGAGACUUUCCCAAAGACAACCGUUGAUGUAUUUGCUUUGGUUCUGGAAUCUGGAGGCAGUGAGCUUCCUGUUAUUAUAUCAUGUGCAAGCCUUGCUUUAGCUGAUGCUGGAAUUGCAAUGUUCGACCUUGUGACUUCAGUUUCAGUGUCUUGUUUCAAAGAUGACCUAGUGAUCGAUCCUGUUUUUGAGGAGGAAAGCUGCCAAGAUGGAAGCCUUAUGAUUGUGUGCAUGCCUUUGCGUAAUGAGGUCACUCAACUAACAGUAACUGGUGAAUGGUCCACACCUAAAGUGCAUGAGGCAAUGGACCUUUGUCUUGGGGCAUGCUCAAAGCUUGGAGAUAUUAUGCGUUUGUGCCUCAAAGAAGCAGCUUCAACCUUACAAUGAUUGGAUAAUGCUCUCUGUCUCUCUCUCUCUCUCUCUAAAUGAAAUGUCAAUAUUAGGCAUAGCCUUCAAUUUUGUUUGUCAUCAUUUCGUGCUUUUUACAUACAAUUGGAGCUUUUUAGGUGGUGUUAGUAGUAGUGCCCCUUUUAUCUUUAACUUUGUUAAGUGCAUAUUUCUAUGGUCCGAAAUGGGAAAGGAUCAGAAGCCAUGUAUAUGCCUCCCAAAAUGCUGAAAAUCAAUUUUGGCCAAUUCACAA